AUGCCUGUCAAGUUUGCCAUCAGCUCUGGCGCUCUGACCCGGAUACUACUUAUAUUUACUUCGACAAUAUCCCAUAUAUUGCCAACGCCUCCAAUAUUAUCCCGAUGUCCCGCGUUGGAAGCCGCCUUUGCAGACCCCAUCCGCGAGGACAUUGCCAGUUUCACCGGUCUAGAUUGGACAAAGCCGCACCCCAGGAGCCCGCUGCCAGGCUUUACUGCCCAUCUGCGGAUAGCGGACCACGUGCCUUUUCCGCCCGCUGUGAAGGAGGAGAAUGCCAUAAUCGACGUGGCAGCUCUCAACAACGGCAUCCCACCGUCCAUGAGAAAGGCAGAUGGUCUCCCCAAGAGCAUGCAUCCCUCGUGGUUCAUCUGCCAGCACUAUUAUGUCAGUGACCUGCCUGCCGCAGUCUCGGACUUUGCGCACGACUGCUCCUUUUUGCCGAGUCAAUGUCAGAAGGACUUGAAAGCCGACAUGGUUGCGAACUGGGGAGCAUACGCGGACGAGCUGAACGGUACCAUGUGCGGCGGAUGGACCUUUGACACCAUCACGCCAAGCUGCCAAGAGGCCCUGGGAUUUGUGACAGCAGAUGUGCUGGGUUUUGAUGCGUCCUAUCUCGAAGAUGAGGUCGGGGCCAGAGAUGCGACAGUGGAUCAAGUCGGACGCUAUUCAUGGAUGGUUGGCGACGGUUUCCAGGAACCAAGCACAAAGACAACGUACUAUACUGCAGCCAACAGGACCUGUCUGGUCGCUACUGUGUUUGGGUACAGUUCUGGGUAUAAAAGUUCAGUCCAGCCGAGAGUGGAACUUUCAUGUCUUCGAGGCCAGUGGGGGACGACAACGACCCAGGCCAAAGCCACUUCGUCUUCUUCUUCGUUGUCUUCUUCUUCUGCUUCUACCACCUCGACACCGUCGGAUGACUCAUCCUCAACGACAUCGCCGUCUUCCGCUAUCUCUGGGUCUAGUACGGCUGCGUCAUCAUCGUCAUCACUUGUCACUGGCUUUAAACAAAACUACUACUACUUCCCCUGCAUUGCCCUCGUCCACUAUGCAUUUUACAGGUAUGUAUUAACUUGCCAACUAUCUCUUUUUGUGUUUAUACACCUAGUAGUAGGCUUUAGGGUGGCAGCACCUCCAGCCAUCUUCAAGUACAUCAUGAAACAGCCGGUUUGCUACGCCGUCUUGGACGACUACACCCGGACUAACAAUUACGAAAACCCACGGUGUCCGGUCUUUUUGAACGGAGACACAGCCUUCCGAUCAACGCUGGACGUGACAGUCGCCCCGGAGGAUUAUUGGGGUGAGCAUUAUUUCAAUCUGGACAGCGACGGGUUUCCGUCCGACAUCACCGAGGACGGCCACAUUGGCGAGGUCACGAUGCACGCAUCAUAUAAUCAGACACAGCAGGGAACACUACCUCCGGAACACGUCGAGCUGCUUUAUUUACCUUUGCCCCUGCAUCUGCCCACCAUGGUCAAAAACCCGCUGAUCAUCAUGGCCGCUUAUGAAGGCAAUCUGGACCGCUAUCUUCGCUUGCGUCGGCCGCACAUGAUCAUGGGCGAGCACGGCGCCGUUCUUCGCGGGAUAUACCACAACACCACCUUUGCCAAGUGGUGGUCGCUUCAGCCGCGGGAUGGACACAACUCGGGGAAUAUCCGAGCAGCCACCCUCGCGCGUUUUAUCAUGGUCAACGACCUGUCGCACAUGACGGAAAACGAUCCCGAUCCCGAAGCCAACUGCAAUGAGAUUCCCGGCAUGAUCUGGUGGCCACUCGUCCCCGCCGAGAGAACGCUCGAGGUCCUCACCAAACGUCGGCUGGACAUGCACCUCCAAGUAGCCAUGGCCUGCAUCGCCGGAAACUACAAGGAGCUAUGGGAUAAGCUGGCACCGGAGCCAUCCAAGCAGCUGUGGGACAUGGCUACUUCUCAGCGUGAUGCCAGCGUCCGGAACCACUUUGUCGAGUACCUCGAGCGUCGUGCUUCCGAGCUCGGACGAGUGACAGCCGGCAGCCCCCUCCCUCACGGCCUGGUUACGGAGUGCGAGUAUCCUGCGCACGACUGGUGCUGGGAUGCAGCGAGAGUCAUCAAGGAACCGUUUGAUCCCUUUUCACGUUACUCCUUGCGCUUUCUGCCUAGGGAUAUUGUCAUAAAGGAGACGGACGAUCGUUUUGAUAUGGAGAACAUCUAUGGAGCAUUCGAGCAGCCUUGUAUGGCUGGGUGGGAACUCCGUAUGUGCGCGACAGAGGAGACGUUGGCCAAGAUACCGGACGGUGAGGAUGGCUUGAGGUUGUAUGAUGAUUGUAGUGAUGAUGAUGAACAGGGGCCGUCAACCAAGGAAACGGUGGAGACGAAUUCCCUUAAGGUAUCUUCGAAAAAAGCGGAUGACGACAACGUGGAAGCAAGCAGCCAGGAUAACGACGGGAACACUACACCGACCGAUCAUGACCCAUCCUAA